CUUCCAUGGAGUGAGCAUCAAGAAGGUUCUGCUCCAGCUUCAUUUCUAUCGGCAACUACAUUACUCCAUGGAUGUUUAAACCUUCCAUUUACUGAUCCCCCACCCAAACACCUAUCCCUACUAUGCUUCCUUGGCUACCCAAAAUUCCAAUGACCCGUAUCAGAAAACCCAUAUCACCGCCAGUGGUGUCUUCUCCUUCCUUUUCUGUUUGCUCUUCCUUUUCUCUCUGUGACCGACCCCUCAGAUAUGCAGUGCUUGGAGCUGGCAUUGCUGGGUUGUCUGUAGUUUGGCAUUUGUUGCAACACAGUAUUAAGGAUCUUUGGAUUGACAUCUAUAAUGAAGUUGGCAUCGGUGGCGGUGCAUCUGGAGGGCUCCUUCAUCCAUAUUCCCCAAACGGUUCAAGUCUCCUCUUUCUAUACUUAAGAGCAAUGUUGACAGUGGGCUAAGGUAAAAGGCUUUAAAUUCUCUCAUUGACCUUCAGCCUAAGGUAAAAGGCUUUAAAUUACACCGUUGUAAUAGCUUAAGUUUUUAGAGAAACAUGCGCAAGGAAAGAAGGGGAAAAGUUGAACAUAUGUCAUGGAGACCUUUAUUGGAAUGCUUUGCAAAUUAUGCAGUGUUCUAUGCACAUUUUCGGUCUUUUGGCAAUGAACUGGUUUGAAGGCCUCAGUUCUUAAUCUGUCCAUUGGAGUGUGAACAAAGUGUUUAUUGAUAAUCUGCACUUGCCUUUUAGAUUUACAUCUACUUAUUGUUUGCCUUUCAUUGAG